AUGAUACGUUUUUACAAAGAUUCUGCGGCAUUGCAGAAAGCUUUGAGCUCCGAAGUUGAAGUCCUAGAAAGAAGGGUAAAUAACUUCCGUGGUAAUAAUAUUCGCUUGGAAAACGAGCUGAGAGAUAGAAGAUGUAAAGUUGAAGCGCAGCUUUUAAAUUGCGUGAUUCAAUACGACGCUGACAUUGGUGGUCGCCACACAGACUUAGAGAAUUUGGUCAGCGAAUUCGAGCUUCUUAGUUCUGAGCGAAAAAAUCUGGAGAAUGACGUAAUGGUUGAUCUACGACGGCUACACGGUGAUUUACAACGAGAAAAAGAAGAAACCUCACGCAAGAUACUGAACGAGAGGAUAAACGUAUUCGUACGAAAUCGUGCAGCUAGAGUUAUUCAAAAAGCAUGGAGAGCUUACUGGGAACGACAUUGCACAAAAAAGAAGAAAAAGUCCAGGAAAAAAUAA